AUGAUGGACUUCCAAGUCACAGUCGCACCACCGUCAAAGCCUCGUGAGAAUCCAUUCGGCUCCAUCUUCCGAUCGAAGAGACAGGCCGGUCUUCCUUCUUACUGCCAGUGCACGACUCCAACGGUCACUGCCCACCUGGACCUCCUGGACCUCCCGGACAACCUGGAGCGCCUGGACAGCCCGGAUCACCUGGCCAACCUGGUAACGACGUCACUACCACCUACGCCCCAUCAACUGCCCACCUCCCAACACCGGCUUGUGUUCAGUGCCCAGCUGGUCCUCCAGGACCACCCGGACCGAGUGGAGCUCCUGGAAACAAGUGGACCUAAUGGCAACCCAGGACGUCCUGGAGGUCCCGGAAAUGAUGGUGGUCCAGGUCCAGCUGGACCUCCCGGAGACAGAGGAGCACCAGGAAACCCUGGAUCUCCUGGACAGCCUGGACAGCCUGGAAGACCUGGUACAACUGGAAGAGGAACUCCUGGACUUCCAGGACCUGCUGGACCAACUGGAGCUCCAGGAAAGAGCUGGAGGACGCGGAAAUGA